AUGACGGGGCGGGCGCGAACGCACAAAAACAACAACAUCAAAAGAACGGGGCAGAGGAUGUGCAUCCCACCACCGCUGCUAAUCAACUUCAUUUCCGUCGUGAUUAAAGCUCGGGCUCAAAGUCGCAGAACGGCGACGGAUGGAGUCUGCAUCGCAGACGCCAUCGCAAACGCCAUUGCCGACGUUAUCGCAGACGCCAUCGCAGACUCCAUCGCAGACGCCAUCGCAGACGCCAUCGCAGACGCCAUCGCAGACGCUAUCGCAGACGCCAUCGCAGACGCUAUCGCAGACGCCAUCGCAGACGCCAUCGCAGACUCCAUCGCAGACGCCAUCGCAGACUCCAUCGCAGACGCCAUCGCAUACAUUAUCGCAGACGCUAUCGCAGACGCCACCGCAGACGCCAUCGAAGACGCCAUCGCAGACUCCAUCGCAGACUCCAUCGCAGACGCCAUCGCAGACUCCAUCGCAGACUCCAUCGCAGACUCCAUCGCAGACUCCAUCGCAGACGCCAUCGCAGACUCCAUCGCAGACUCCAUCGCAGACGCCAUCGCAGACUCCAUCGCAGACUCCAUCGCAGACUCCAUCGCAGACUCCAUCGCAGACUCCAUCGCAGACUCCAUCGCAGACUCCAUCGCAGACGCCAUCGCAGACUCCAUCGCAGACUCCAUCGCAGACUCCAUCGCAGACUCCAUCGCAGACUCCAUCGCAGACUCCAUCGCAGACGCCAUCGCAGACGCCAUCGCAGACGCCAUCGCAGACGCCAUUGCAGACGCCAUCGCAGACGCCAUCGCAGACGCCAUCGCAGACCCCAUCGCAGACUCCAUCGCAGACUCCAUCGCAGACUCCAUCGCAGACUCCAUCGCAGACGCCAUCGCAGACUCCAUAGCAGACUCCAUCGCAGACUCCAUAGCAGACUCCAUCGCAGACUCCAUCGCAGACUCCAUCGCAGACUCCAUCGCAGACGCCAUCGCAGACUCCAUCGCAGACUCCAUCGCAGACUCCAUCGCAGACUCCAUCGCAGACUCCAUCGCAGACUCCAUCGCAGACUCCAUCGCAGACGCCAUCGCAGAUGCCAUCGCAGACGCCAUCGCAGACUCCAUCGCAGACGCCAUCGCAGACGCCAUCGCAGACGCCAUCGCAGACGCCAUCGCAGACUCCAUCGCAGACUCCAUCGCAGACUCCAUCGCAGACUCCAUCGCAGACUCCAUCGCAGACUCCAUCGCAGACUCCAUCGCAGACGCCAUCGCAGACUCCAUAGUAGACUCCAUCGCAGACUCCAUCGCAGACUCCAUCGCAGACUCCAUCGCAGACUCCAUCGCAGACUCCAUCGCAGACGCCAUCGCAGACUCCAUCGCAGACUCCAUCGCAGACUCCAUCGCAGACUCCAUCGCAGACUCCAUCGCAGACUCCAUCGCAGACUCCAUCGCAGACUCCAUCGCAGACUCCAUCGCACACUCCAUCGCAGACUCCAUCGCAGACUCCAUCGCAGACGCCAUCGCAGACGCCAUCGCAGACGCCAUCGCAGAUGCCAUCGCAGACGCCAUCGCAGACGCCAUCGCAGACGCCAUCGCAGACUCCAUCGCAGACUCCAUAGCAGACGCCAUCGCAGACGCCAUCGCAGACGCCAUCGCAGACUCCAUCGCAGACGCCAUCGCAGACGCCAUCGCAGACGCCAUCGCAGACGCCAUCGCAGACGCCAUCGCAGACUCCGUGUUUUGUUACUGCAUUGGGAAGAGCGUGUACAUAACAAUCUCAUACUUCAGAGGCGUGCAGUGUUUGGUAAUAGUUCCAGAUUCUGCAGCUGUCUCCGACUUCACAACAUGUUCAAGCAUGGCCUCAAUUACAAGUGCAGCAGCAGGGGAACGACCGGCAGCAGAGGAAGAACCAGCAGCAGAGGACGGUCCAGGAGCCGAGAACGGUCCAGAGGCCGAGAACGGUCCAGGAGCCGAGGACGGUCCAGGAGCCGAGAACGGUCCAGAGGCCGAGGACGCGCUGAGCCCGCGGGAUCUGCCGACGCGCCGCUCGGCUCGGCUCUAG